AUGUUCCCAUCCACCAACUACACGCUUUCGCAAGAGCUACAGGACGCCCUUCCAUCGUCCUCAUCUCAAGCUCUCAGCACACACACUGCGUGGGAUGCCCGCGCGACCCAGCCCACCGUCGGGCAACAAGCAGACUUCUGGCCCGUCGGCCAAUCACCGCUUGACGCCUCUCCCCUCGACGCAUAUCCAGGUGCGGCCGCCCCCAGCUACGAUCCCAUGAUCCUUCCCCCGUACCAGCAACAUCCGCCCGCGGGGCCGAUGGAGUACGGGGACAUUCCUACAUUCGACCUCGCGCCGCGCCUCCCCCCCAGCCCGCCUACGAUGAUAUGCGCCAAAUGCCAACAAUCAUACGACCCCGAGGCGAACCACGAGAGCGCGUGUUUCAGGCCACACGCCGCUGUCCCAAUUCUAGCUUACAUCCGCGGAGGGAAGGCGAUGUACCCCGUCCUCUACCAUCCUUGCUGCAGCGGGUACCAGCUCGCGCUUGGGGCGCAAGGGGUCUCGGGCUGUUACGUUGCGCCUCAUUACCCGGCCGCAUUCCCCUCAGCCGGCCCCUCCUUCUCGCUACCCAACUCCCACUCCCCUGCCCUUGCCUUCACUCCCGCGGAUCCCGUAGGCUGGACAGCGCCCGCUGUGGCGGACCCCUCACAGGCGAACUUCCAGUGA